GGGGCAAACUGUAAUUACAUUAUCCGGUUAUUUUCCAGUCCGCCAAAACAAGAAAGGAGAGAAGACGAAGUUAAACCCUAAACUGCGGAGCCUCUGCUACAGUUGGUGACGGUAACAUGAAGGUGGUGGCACUAGUAAGCGGCGGCAAGGAUAGCUGUUAUGCCAUGAUGAAAUGCAUCCAAUACGGCCACCAGGUUGUUGCGGUUGCAAACUUGUUGCCUGCUGAUGAUGCUGUGGAUGAGUUAGAUAGCUACAUGUAUCAAACUGUUGGACACCAAAUAAUUGUUAGUUAUGCAGAAUGCAUGGGAGUGCCAUUAUUCCGAAGGCGAAUACAAGGAUCUACAAGGCAUCAAAAACUUAGCUACAAAAUGACUCCAGGUGAUGAAGUUGAAGAUAUGUACAUUUUGUUAAAUGAAGUAAAGAAACAGAUGCCCUCCAUCACAGCAGUAUCUUCUGGUGCAAUUGCAUCUGAUUAUCAAAGGCUACGGGUGGAAAGUGUCUGUUCAAGGUUAGGGCUUGUUUCUCUGGCAUAUUUAUGGAAACAAGAUCAGUCAUUGCUCCUUCAUGAAAUGAUUAUGAAUGGCAUUGCAGCUAUCACAGUAAAGGUUGCAGCCAUGGGGCUGGAUCCUGCAAAGCACUUGGGCAAAGAGAUAGCAUUCUUGGAGCCAUAUCUGCAUAAGUUGAAAGAUUUGUAUGGAAUAAAUGUAUGUGGUGAAGGAGGGGAAUAUGAAACAUUGACUCUUGACUGCCCUCUCUUUGUUAAUGCUCGAAUUGUGCUUGAUGAAUUUCAAGUUGUGCUACAUUCUUCGGAUUCCAUAGCGCCAGUUGGAGUCCUUCAUCCAUUGAAAUUUCAUUUGGAGAAGAAGGCAGAGUCCAAUACCUCAAGUGAGUCUAUGAAGGGUAUUUGUCCAGAGAAAAGCAAUUUUGUAUUUGAAGUCCAAGGAGACAGCCAACAAGAAUGCAAAGCCAUAUGCAAUUCUAUUCAAGAAGCUACUAACUUAGUUGAAACUUCAAACCAUAGGGUUCAUAUCCCAAAAACGGAGAAAGAUGAUACAUUUUCUAUUUGUUUCUGGUUGUUAGAUUCAUCCCAAUCAUCAGCAGGUUUACAGGAAGAUCUGGAGCUGGUACUUAGAAAAAUUGAAUCACAACUUGUGGAAUAUGGUUUUGGUUGGGAGCAUGUGCUUUAUAUUCAUCUUUAUAUAUCUGAUAUGAAUGAAUUCACCACGGCAAAUGAGACAUAUGUGAGAUUCAUUACACAUGACAAAUGCCCUUUUGGUGUUCCAUCCCGUAGUACAAUCGAACUACCUCUAUCGCAAGCAGGUUUAGGGAGAGCGUACAUUGAAGUAUUGGUGGCAAAUGAUCAAAGCAAAAGGGUUUUGCAUGUACAAAGCAUUUCCUGCUGGGCACCUAGUUGCAUUGGACCAUACAGCCAGGCAACAUUGCAUAAGGAGGUACUCCACAUGGCUGGGCAGUUGGGACUUGACCCUCCUGCAAUGAAUCUAUGCGGUGGAGGCCCUACUGCAGAGUUAGAGCAAGCACUAGAAAACAGUGAAGCAGUGGCAAAAUGCUUUAACUGCUCAAUAUCUACUUCUGCUCUUCUAUAUGUGGUUUAUUGUUCAAUAUCAAUUCCAUUAGCCGAGAGACUGAAAAUCCGUGACAAGAUGGACAGUUCUGUGAAGAAAAUAAGGCUCUCUAAUAUGGAUAAUGGGAGGAAGCCAGUAAUGCUUGAUCCUGUUUUUCUUUAUGUCCUUGUUCCUGAUCUGCCAAAACGGGCACUUGUGGAAGUCAAACCCAUUCUUUAUGUUCCAGAAGAUAUGGAAAUGACUGAAGGAAGUGUUCCUGACCUUUCUGGCAUGACAGCAAGUAGUUUCAGGGGUUUUCAGCCAGCAGCUUGGCAUGAUUCUUGCAUUCAGAAGUGUGUUGUUCAUGGAAAGAUCUGUGCUGUUGUUUUGUGCAUCACAAGUGCAGUCUCCAAGAAGAUUUGUUCUGAAUUUCUGAAUGGUGACACUCAAAAUUCUCUAACAGAGGGCCAAAUGAAAAGAAUAUCUAGUUUUUGCGUUUAUCUUCUUGAUAGACUCUGCAUGGAAAAUGGUUUCUCCUGGAAGGAUGUAAUGAGUUUGAGGCUCUACUUCCCAACAAGCCUUCAGAUGCCGUUGGAGACAUUGUCACUCAUGUUCACAGAUGCAUUUAAUGAGCUUGCGGAGAUGGGCGGCAGCAUUGAAGUUGGGAAGCAUCCAAUCUUCAAUCUUGUUCCUGUCCUCGGUGCUGGGAGUUCUGCUUCACACAUGGAGGAUGUAGUCACCUGCGAACUGUUUGCUCGAAAAUCUUGACUCAUUCCUUCCAUUAUGAUUUCAUGAGAGACUGAAUGGCUAUGUAUUUUCCAAAACCCACAUUUGUUAAGAACAUGGUGAUUGCUAUGAUCUUUUUAUUAUAGGAAAAAAGUAAAUUAUUCUUGGAAUUACUUCGAAGAAGAAUCUUUGUUACGAGUUUUUUUUACAAUUUAUCAAUAUCUUCUAGUGGAUUCAAGUAUAAAAUUUGACCCUACAA